UUUUUGUUACCUUUAUUUUUCGGUGUAUUCAAAUGCAGAACGAUAGCUCCGAUUUGUCGUUUUGUCCUAGCUUUAACAGCUAUUCCUCCGGUAACAAACUCGUUGAUAUCGCCGCUACGGUUAGCCGAGAAAGCGCCGGCGCUUUGGAUGGUGAAGAGUUCGAGUUCUCUAUUAGCCUCAAGGAGAGUCCCAAACCGUCGUCGUUUCUGAUCUUCAACGCGAUCUCUGUCGAACGGAGAGGAGUUAAAGAUGAUGAGCUGAAAGAGGCUGUUCGGAUUCCUUUGAGGAAUCUGUUCAUCGGUGAUGGAGAUCUUCCGUCGUCAUCUUCGUCGUCGGAGGCGGACGAACUGGAAGGACUUCCAGCUGAAACGUGUUGUGUUUGGAAACCUAAACAAUCGCCGAUGUCAUCGCCGAACAGGUGUACGAAGAGCAAAUCCACUGGAUCAUCGUCUUCGAGACGGUGGCGUUUAAUAAAAGAUUUGCUAAAGAGAAGCAACAGCGACAGAAAAUUCUCGGUUUCAUCGUCUUUGUUUUUGAGUUUUGAUCAUAAUAAGAGUACGAUGGAGAAAAAACAAGAAGAAAAAGCAAAUGAGAAAACAGCCGCGACGGCGGCGAAGAAGCAAUGCAUUGGCGAAGUAACGGCGACGAAGAUGAAGAGAGUCAAGAAAGCGUCGGCGCACGAAGUUUUUUACCUGAGAAAUAAGGCGUUAAAGGAAGGAGAUAAACGGCGGUCAUACUUGCCGUACCGGAGGGACUUAGUUGGAUUUUUUUCCUAAUAUUCAAAGUUUAGGUAGAAAGAUUUUUAAUUUUUUUUCUUAUUGAACAAUAUAUAUAUAU